AUGUCUUCAUCACCAAAACCCUCAGCUCCGGUCAUAAAUUUCCCCAAUUCCCCAAUUCCAAAGAAUCCACUGGGAGAGGGACGGUACAUCAAGACUGCUGCUGCUCUCAUUAUUGGAGAUGAAAUCCUGAAUGGAAACAUCCUGGAUCGUAACUCGAACUACUUUGCGCGCUUCUGCUUUGAGAAUGGAAUUGAGCUCCAGGGAAUUGAGGUCAUUGCAGACGACGAACUCAAGAUCCUUGAAGCUAGCCGAAGGAUGGUCCAGAAAUAUGACUUUGUCAUUACCUCUGGUGGUAUAGGGCCCAGUCAUGAUGAUAUCACUUACCCAUCGCUCGCAAAGUCUUUCGGACAAGAGCUGAAAUACCAUGACGAAACUCUCAGGCGUAUGGAAGAAGCCAGCCGACACCGCACAGGGAUCUCGCAGCAACUUACCGCCGCUGGUAAACGCAUGGCACUGUUUCCGGAAGCUGGAGAGGUUCUUUUUGUUGCUAGCGAUACCUGGGUUCCUGUGGUUCGACUGGAAGGCAAGCUAUGCAUAUUUCCAGGAAUCCCAUCACUCUUUCAGAAGUUGCUCGACAACUUAAAGCCUUUCUUGCCUCUACCCGCGGACGAUGAGCGUCCCUUCCGGCUUCAAGUCUUUACUCCGCUUUCGGAAUCGUCCAUUGCGCCAUUCCUUACAGAUCUACAGAAGCGUGUCAAGCCUGAGAAUAUUCGGAUAGGCUCUUACCCGCUCUCUCAACCGGGGGCACACGUUGCACUCACCGGAUCAGACCGUGAACGUGUGAAAGAGCUUGGGUUGGAAGUGGAGAAAGAGUUACAAGGACGUUUGCUUAGUGCAGAGGAGACCGAGUUAAUGAUCAAGGACAAGAGGCAAUGA